AUGGGCAGUCAGUCUUCAUUCGUUACCGAAAAUUUAAAGAAAAAUCUAGGGUUGUCUAUUGAUGAUUCUAGUUCGGUUAACGUUUAUGGAAUUAAUAAUGUGGGCUGUAGGAUUUAUAAAAAAUGUGAAAUCAAAGUUAAAUCAAGAGUUAUGUCUUUUGAGAUAAAUGUCAAAUGUUUGGUAGUGCCACAAAUAACUGGUAUUUUACCAAACUCAGUGAUUAGCACUGAAUUAAUAAAUAUACCUAACAAUAUUCAAUUAGCUGACCCUAAAUAUUUCUCACCGGCUGAUAUAGACAUACUGUUGGGUGCGGAUGUAUAUUGGGAGAUAGUCGGAUCGAAUAUAAUUAAACUCGGUUCGAAUAAACCGGUGCUUCAAGAGUCUAAGCUCGAAUGGCUUGUAGGUGGUCCCUUAGCAACAAGUCAGUCAAUCUCAUGUAAAGUUCAUUGCAAUUUUUCUCAGGAAAUAAAGGAUUCAUUAGAAAGAUUUUGGAACAUUGAUGACUUACCACAAACAAAAACAUAUGCUGUUGAAGAGCAGCUUUGUGAAGAUGAUUUUAAAAAGAAUGUUUGUCGUCUGCCAAAUGGCAGAUUUUCUGUUCACAUGCCUUUAAAGGAAGGACCAGAGAAAGCACUCGGUGAUUCCUAUUAUAUUGCUAAAAAAUGCUUGGAAAGCCUAGAAAGAAAAUUUAUUAAACAACCAAGUUUAAAGGUAAAGUAUAAAGAAUUUAUCAAUGAAUAUGCUGAUUUAGGGCAUCUAACUAAAAUCAAUCGACCAGAGUUUGGAUACUUUAUGCCACAUCAUGCUGUAAUCCGCGAGAAAUCUGAAACCACUAAAUUAAGGGUGGUGUUCAACGCUUCGUCUAAAACUCAUACAGGGAAAUCACUCAAUGAUAUUCUUAUGGUCGGCCCAGUUGUGCAAAGUGACCUAAUAUCUAUAUUGCUUCGUUUUCGUGAGCAUAAAUAUGUUCUAACAGGCGACAUCGAGAAAAUGUUCAGGCAAACCGAAAUCACACCGUCGCAGCGUCAUCUUCAGCUCAUUUUGUGGCGUGAAGAUUGUAAUCAGCCUAUUGAUAUUUUGCGUCUAAAUACAGUAACCUAUGGUACUGCGUCUGCGCCCUUUCUCAGUUCUCGGUGUCUCCUGCAAUUAGCUAAUGAAUGUGACUAUGAAUCUAUUGCUCGUUUAAUCAAAAGCGAUUUCUACGCUGAUGAUCUUAAUACAGGCGCAGAUACCGUAGAGCGCCUGCAACACAUUUACAAAAAUGUUGUCGAAGUUCUUGACUCAGCGUGUUUACCUAUAAGAAAAUUUCGUACUAACUGUCCUCAAUUAUUUCAUAAUGAAACUGAUUGCGGAAAACCCAUGGAUUUUUAUAAAGAUUCCAGUGUCUUGGGUCUGAAUUGGUCACCUACAGCGGAUCAAUAA